AUGAGUGGUGCAGCUUUGGGACUCGAGAUUGUUUUUGUCUUUUUUCUGGCAUUAUUCCUACUUCAUCGAUAUGGAGACUUUAAGAAACAGCAUAGACUUGUAAUUAUUGGAACACUGCUAGCUUGGUAUCUCUGCUUUCUUAUCGUCUUCAUACUGCCUCUGGAUGUUAGUACGACAAUAUACAACCGAUGUAAGCAUGCAGCCGCAAACUCAAGCCCUACCGAGAACAGCAACAUUACAGGAUUCCACGCAACUGCUACCCCAGUUCCAAGCCAACAUCCAUGUUUCAAGCCAUGGAGUUACAUUCCUGAUGGAAUCAUGCCAAUUUUCUGGAGGGUAGUAUAUUGGACAUCACAAUUUUUAACAUGGAUUCUGUUACCUUUUAUGCAGUCCUAUGCAAGAUCAGGAGGGUUUUCCAUCACUGGGAAGAUCAAAACUGCACUGAUUGAGAAUGCAAUCUAUUAUGGCACCUAUUUGCUGAUUUUUGGAGCAUUUUUAAUAUAUGUAGCUGUAAACCCACAUUUGCACUUAGAAUGGAACCAGCUUCAGACAAUUGGAAUAGCUGCAGCAAAUACAUGGGGCCUGUUUCUCCUCGUGUUGUUAUUGGGAUAUGGUUUGGUAGAAAUUCCUCGGUCGUACUGGAAUGGAGCAAAAAGAGGUUAUCUACUUAUGAAGACAUAUUUUAAGGCAGCCAAACUGAUGACAGAAAAAGCAGAUGCAGAAGAGACUUUAGAAGAUGUCAUGGAGGAGGUUCGUAAAGUGAAUGAAAGCAUCAAGUAUAACCACCCAUUGAGAAAAUGCGUUGACACGAUACUUAAAAAGUGUCCUACAGAGUAUCAGGAAAAAAUGGGUAGGAACAUGGAUGAUUAUGAAGAUUUUGAUGAAAAGCAUAAUACCUACCCAAGUGAAAAAAGUCUGGUAAAACUACAUAAACAGGUGAUUUAUUCAGUUCAGAGACACCGUCGAACUCAAGUACAAUGGCAGAUUCUUUUGGAACAAGCAUUUUAUCUCGAAGAUGUAGCAAAAAAUGAAACUAGUGCUACUCGUCAGUUUGUUCACACCUUUCAGUCACCAGAGCCAGAAAAUAAAUUUCUCCAAUAUUUUUAUAAUCCUACAGUUGAAUGGUACUGGGAAUGUCUUUUGAGACCGUGGUUUUAUAGGAUACUUGCUGUGGUUUUGUCCAUCUUCUCUGUGAUUGUUGUGUGGUCAGAAUGCACAUUCUUUAGCACUACACCUGUCUUAUCCCUCUUCGCAGUCUUCAUACAGCUGGCUGAGAAAACAUACAAUUAUAUUUAUAUAGAGAUUGCUUGUUUCCUGAGUAUCUUCUUUCUGAGUAUCUGUGUUUAUUCUACUGUGUUCAGGAUUCGUGUCUUUAACUAUUAUUACUUGGCUUCACAUCACCAGACUGAUGCUUACAGCCUUCUCUUCAGUGGCAUGUUAUUUUGCCGUUUGACUCCUCCUCUAUGUCUUAAUUUCUUGGGUUUGACCCAUAUGGAUUCGUCCAUCUCUCACCAGAAUACUCAGCCAACUGCUUAUACAUCUAUUAUGGGUUCCAUGAAAGUUUUAUCCUUUAUUGCAGAUGGAUUCUACAUAUAUUAUCCUAUGUUGGUGGUUAUUCUCUGCAUUGCUACUUACUUUAGUUUGGGAACGCGUUGUUUGAAUCUGCUUGGUUUCCAGCAGUUCAUGGGAGAUAAUGACAUGACAUCAGACUUGGUUGAUGAAGGAAAAGAAUUAAUCAGACGAGAGAAGAGAAAAAGGCAAAGGCAAGAAGAAGGUGAAAAUCGAAGAAGAGAAUGGAAAGAACGUUAUGGACACAAUAGAGAAGACUCCACUAGAAACAGAAAUGUUCAUGUUGACCCGAAAGAAUCAAACCUCUCAGAUAUUAGUACCAACCGAUCAGCAUCCAAAUAUACCAGGGCUAAUAACAGGACGGAAAGGGACCGAAUAGAGCUCCUCCAAGAUGUAGAACCUUUGGAUUUUAAUGCAGAAACAUUCACUGAUGAUCCUCUUGAAUCUGAACCAGGAAGGUAUCAGCCUGGUGGACGAUACCUCUCGAUGUCUCACAGCAGAAUAUUCGAUGAUGUUUAA